AGUAAUUUAUUACACUAUAUAUAAGAAAGCUUGCCUUGAUUUCUAUUGGUAUAUUUAUAAAAGAGAGACUAUAAUUUGUGGCUAAUUAAAAUAAUGGGGUUUCAAUAUUUCUCAUACAUGCUAGCUUAUUUCAUUGUGUUGUUUGGAGCAAGUUAUGGUGUGCAAUACUUUGAUCCAGAGCUUUAUUGGAAGUCUGUCCUCCCGAACACACCAAUACCGAAAGUUGUCACUGAUUUUCUACCAUCGAGAAAAGAUCAUGACCUAGCCCGCCUUACUCCAGAACCGACAGUAGAAGUUGCACCUUACAAGCCUGCACAACUACCGAUUGCAUUACCAAUCACCUUACCAAUCACUUUACCAGCAAUCACUUUGACCUCUUAUGCAACUGCCACAAGUGAUGAUCAAAACAAUAUCAAUUCAAAUAUUUAUGAAGGUAUCUUCUUCUUGGAGAAUGACAUUAAUAAGUCGGGAAAUCGAAUCAAAACAAACUUAAAUUUCAUCAUCAACAACACUACUAGACCAACUUUGUUCUUGCCUCGCCAAAUAGCUCAAUCAAUCCCUUUCUCAUCUAAAAAAUUACUCGAAAUUUUUACCAAAUUUUCACUAAAACCGCACUCAGUUGAGGCUGAAAUGGUGAAGAAAACCAUCAAAGAGUGUGAAGAAGAUAAUGAUCACGAUCAUGAUGAACACUAUUGUGCCACGUCACUAGAGUCAAUGGUUGACUUUACAACUUCAAAGAUUGGGAAAAACAUACAAGCAAUUUCUACACAAGUAGCAAUGAAAAAUAAUGAUCAUCAAUAUUAUCAUUUCACAACAAUAACACAAGUAGAAAAGAAGAGAAAGUCAUCAUCAAUUGUUGUGUGUCACAAGCAAAAUUAUCCAUUUGCAGUGUUUUAUUGUCACUCUUUGCAAGACGUUGAAGCUUAUGUGGUGAAUUUAGAAGAAGAAGGUAAUGAUAAUAAGGUUAUAGCUAUUUGUCAUGAAGAUACUUCUCAAUGGAACCCUAAGCAUCUGGCCUUUCAAAUUCUUAAAGUUAAACCCGGAACCGUUCCAAUUUGUCAUUUCCUUCCUCAGCUUCAUAUACUGUGGAUUCAAAAUUAGACAUCAAUUUGUAACCCUAGCUAUUCGGAAACUUUAAUGACCGAUAAUGUCUGACGUCUAAAUUGUAGUAGUGAUAGUAACCUUAGCUAUAAGAAACUUUAAUAACUGAUGAUAUCUGAUAUCCAGAUUGUAGUAAUGAAUAAUGUUAUGUAUGCGAAUUAUAUAAUAUGAAUGUAUUAGUAAUGUAUUAUGCAUGUUUAUUUAAUAUAAGAA